UUUUCCCAGAAAAAAGCACAAGUUAUUUUGCUCCCCACUCAACCACCGUAUUUGCUGUGGAUAUGGUGGAGAUUGAGAUAUAGCUUGGAAGCUUGAAAUGAUGACAGAAGCCAACAGUUGUCGCCAGUGAAUAAAAACUAUAUAUUUUGGAAUAGAGAAGCUUUGAUAUUGCUUAGUCUACAGAAUCAAUAAUUGGUUCCCUUGCCCUUAUUUUGUAAGAAUAUUAUCAUCUUUGAGGGCCCUUCUUUAUACUAUAUAAGGGCUCUUCAUUUCACAAAAAAAUUUCAUAAUCAAUUCAAGAACUUUUCAGCUCUUAGAGUUCAAGAACUUUUUUGAACUCAUUUUUACACAAGUAGCUCUUUUUGAAAGUAACUUGCUGAAUUAUACACUGUGAUUAUGGCAAUCGAGAUUGAAAAACCUGCUGUGGGUUUAUCAAAAGUUGCAGUUUCAGAUACACAUGGAGAAGAUUCACCAUAUUUUGCAGGGUGGAAGGCAUAUGAUGAAGACCCUUAUGAUGAAUUAAAAAAUCCUUCUGGAGUUAUUCAGAUGGGACUUGCUGAAAAUCAAGUUUCAUUUGAUUUGCUAGAACAGUACUUGGAAAAACAUUCAGAAGCAACAAACUGGGGAAAUAGAACUUCUGGCUUUAGAGAUAACGCUUUAUUUCAAGAUUAUCAUGGACUUCAAUCUUUCAGAAAGGCAAUGGCUUGCUUUAUGGAACAAAUAAGAGGAGGAAGAGCAAAAUUCAAUGCUGAUAGAUUUGUUAUAACAGCCGGUGCAACCGCAGCUAAUGAGCUAUUGACUUUCAUUCUGGCUGAUCCUGGAGAUGCCUUGCUUAUUCCUACUCCAUACUAUCCAGGGUUUGACAGAGACUUAAGUUGGAGAACAGGUGUUAAGAUAGUUCCAGUUCAUUGUGAUAGUUCAAAUAAUUUUGAGAUCACUCCUCAAGCUUUAGAUGCAGCAUAUAAUGAAGCUGAAUCACAUAACAUCAAAGUUAAAGGAGUUCUCAUAACGAAUCCAUCGAAUCCACUUGGAGCAACCAUAAAAAGAUCCACCCUUGAAGAGAUUCUUGAAUUCGUUACGCGUAAAAACAUUCAUCUUGUUUCGGAUGAAAUCUAUUCGGGAUCAACAUUUUCUGGUGAAGAAUUUGUGAGUGUCGCAGAAGUCCUUGAAUCCUGGGAUUACAAAGAAUCCGAUAGAGUUCACAUUGUUUAUAGCCUGUCGAAAGAUUUAGGCCUUCCGGGGUUCAGAGUUGGGACCAUAUAUUCAUACAAUGAUAAAGUCGUUACAACUGCAAGAAGAAUGUCGAGUUUCACUUUGAUUUCUUCUCAAACACAGCAGCUUUUGGCUUCAAUGCUUUCCGACAAAACAUUUACGGAAAAUUACAUAAAGACGAAUCGCGAAAGACUCAAGAAAAGGUACCAAAUGAUUAUUGAUGGGUUGAGAAAUUCCGGGAUCGAAUGUUUGAAGGGAAAUGCAGGAUUAUUUUGCUGGAUGAAUUUAAGUCCAUUAUUGGAGGAGCCUACAAAGGAAAGUGAAUUAACUUUAUGGAAAUCAAUGCUGCAUGAAGUGAAGUUAAAUAUAUCUCCAGGAUCUUCUUGCCAUUGUUCCGACCCUGGUUGGUUCCGAGUUUGCUUCGCGAAUAUGAGUGAGCAGACACUAAAAGUUGCACUCACAAGAAUACAUGAUUUUAUGGAUGGAAGAAAAGCUAUGAAGACAUCACCAGAUUUCUCUUCAUAUUGAUUCUUUUUCUUUUUCCUUUUUGUAUUCAGUUUUGGUUAAAUCUCUAGCUUGAUUCUUAAAGUGGCAAAACAUAUUCUAAGAAUUCGUUUGUCAACAUAUUGUUUUUGGGGUAUUUAAUUAUUAAGUUUCUUCGAAAUGUCUGAUCAGUUUGGUUAGAGAACAAAUGCCACAAGUUUUCUAUUC